AUGUCUUUGAACGAGGCCUCCAGCUUCGAGCGCGUUGUCCCUCAAGUUCAACUUCAUCGAAAUGACAGGAGCUCUCUCCGGAGGCAGAUCAGCUUGGCUGUGGCAGGCGUCAUGAUAUGCCUGACCUUGCCUCUCCUCUUGAGCGGCAGCGGCAACUACAAGCACAGGAGUAACGAACUCUUAUCGUGGAGCAACAGCUUUGAUGACGGGACCGGGAUCCUCUCCGGGCAGCAGCAUGGCGUCACGAGGACCAUCGUCUCCUGCGAUGCUGAUGACCCCAGCUGCUCAUUCAUUGUCUCCCCGGAGGACUACGCACACGGCAAGUGGGUCAGCACCAAGGGAGAGCCGUCGCAUGAGAAAUACGUACAGAUCCGCAAGGAUCGCCUGCAACCAUCGUCCUAUGAGGACGACAUCGACCUGGGCCCAGCUGCUGGGAUUUCACGAAGCGACGUGAACGGGAACUUCAUCAAGUGGAAGGGGUUGAGGAACGUCAAGAGCGGAGCAGACUUCCAGAGAGUCCGAGUGCCUGACAGGGACUCAGACUACGCGGACAAAUCCUACGACGAUGUUGUGGGUCUGAGGAAGGAAUGGCGCGAGCGAUGGAACCCGUCUAACUACAGGAGGGAGCAAGAGUGGGAGAGGACGGAGAAUCAAAGACGCGAGCCUGUCCACAGCAGAUCAACGUGGGGCAGAUCAAGGAAGUGGAAGGGGGAUCGGUUGGAGGACGAGGAGGAGGAAAAGCUGAGGAGGGACCUUGACUCUUUGAAGAGAAACCGAGAGAAGGAGAAGCCGCAUGUCCCUCCUUCUUAUGCCCCCCGCAGGCGCGAAGAUGAGAAUGAGCAGGAUGGUGCAAUUCAGGAUGAUGAACAUAAGGAAGACGAAGGGGGAGAUAAGAGCGCAGCGAGCGUUGCAGUGGAGAAGGAGGACAAGAACGAGGCGGAAAAUGGGGAUAACAAGGACGAGGACGAGGACAAGAAGGAGGAAGACGAGGAAAACAAGGAGGGAGGGAAGAAGAAGAACAAGGAGGGAGGGAAGAAGAAGAACAAAGAGGGAGGGAAGAAGGAGAACAAAGAGGGAGGCAACCGCCAGGAUGAAGAACACAGACACGAAGGAGAUGAGCGCGGGGACGAAGAGGAGAAAGGAAGUGGGAAGGAUGACGAGUCUAAGCGUGAAGACGACAAUACGGAGAAGGAAGGGAGCGGCGGCGGCGGUUUAGAAAUGAAGGAGGAUGGGAAUGCGGGGGAAUCUCCCACACCGCUGUUACCUGGAGCCACAUCCACUCCUGAACCUUGA